GGCAGGCGGUGAUGGAGUCGGAGAUGAAGUUCGACCUGGAUGGAGACGGACUCAUUGAGAACUCUGGAUAUGCAGACCAGACUUAUGAUGGAUGGACAGUGACUGGACCAAGUGCUUAUUGUGGUGGGCUGUGGCUGGCGUCGCUGUGUGUGAUGUGUAAGAUGGCCAUCCUGUUGGACAAUAAGGAGAUGUACCAGCUCUACAGAAGCACACUGGACAAAGGCAGCACUGCAUUCGACAAACUGUUGUGGAACGGCAAGUAUUACAACUAUGACAGCAGUGGGAGGGACCUGUCGAACAGCGUUAUGUCUGACCAGUGUGCUGGACAUUGGUUCCUGAGGGCCUCCGGCUUAGGAGACGGAGAAUUCAAGGCUUUUCCACAGGAGAAGAUCCGCAGUGCGCUGAAGUCCGUGUAUGAACUGAAUGUGAUGAGUUUUGCCGGAGGUCACAUGGGAGCGGUCAAUGGGAUGCGUCCUGAAGGAGUACCGGACCGCUCCAGUGUCCAGUCUGAUGAGGUCUGGAUCGGAGUCGUGUAUGGGCUGGCAGCGACUAUGAUCCAUGAGGGUAUGUUGACCGAAGGCCUGCGUACGGCUGAAGGCUGUUACCGGACUGUGUGGGAACAGCUGGGCAUGGCCUUCCAGACUCCUGAGGCCUACUGUGAGAAGAGCAUCUACCGCUCUCUGGCCUACAUGAGGCCGCUGAGCAUCUGGGCCAUGCAGCUGGCCCUGAACGCCUCACAGAGGGACCAGACCACUUUGGCUUCAACUGGAACCACAGACCAGGACCAGGCAGUACAAGCUCAGAAAGAAGACCAGAGCUAGGACCGGAGCCACCUGACAGACUGUCUAUCCUGUGCUGCUUUAUCUGAUCGACUGAAGACUUUUCCACAUUUUCUGUUGUUUGACAGAGUUGUGGUGGUUGGAGAAGAACUCCUGUAGAUCAUAAUGUUGUCAGAUGAUGGGUCUGAAGAGCAAACGCUCCUGAUUUACAACAUUAGUCGCUUUUCCAUUGGACGUCUGCACGAAACUUUACCGAUAUUUAUUAAGUGUGGAAAAAACAAAAGUGUGUAAUGUCGAUUUUUCCAUUAAAUCACAAAUGCGAUGAUUU